AUGUCUCAGUCACGCAAUGACAUGACGGAAGUCGUUAUGAAUAUGCCCGAAUUGACUGAAGCAGGACUGUCACCUGUGUAUGAACACAGCACGAUCCGUGUGUUCGACUGGGGGCACGAGAAACGCGAGUCGGCUGGUGGAAUUGUUUGCGAGCAGCCCAAAGGCGAGACAGCAGCGGACAAAGUGGAGGACGAAGAGACCUACAUGGACUUUCCCGACGGUGGACUUCGGGCAUGGCUUGUCGCGCUGGGCGUUGGGUGUGGGAUUUGUGCGACCUUUGGGUUCGUCAACGCAUGGGGUGUCUUCCAAGCAUAUUAUGAGGAAACUAUGCUCCCUAACACACCGCCAUCCACAAUAGCAUGGAUCGGAUCGGUCCAAUACGCGCUCGUGUUCAUACCAGGUCUAAUAUUUGGGCGACUAUUCGACAUCGGCUAUUUUAAGCUACCUGUUAGUAUCGCCGCGGCUGUCCUGGUGACUGCCACGUUCCUUGUCGCGGAAUGCAAAGAAUUCUGGCAGCUUGUCCUAUGUCAAGGUCUUGCCGUCGGAUUUGCUUCCGGUGCCGUAUUUGGGCCAGUGAUGGGAAUAUUACCCCACUGGUUUCAAAAAAGGCUAGGCAUCGCAUACGGCCUAACGGCAACAGGCUCUAGUAUAGGCGGGACAUUGUUUCCGAUCGCCGUACGCAACCUGAUUCAGGAAGUGGGAUUCCCAUGGACUAUGCGCAUCAUAGGGUUCAUCCUCAUUUUACUCCUCGGCGUCUGUGUCGUUACUACAGAUCGUCGGCUCCCUCCAAAACCCAAGCCCGGACCCUUCAUCAAUCUGCAUGCAUUUAAGAAUCGUGCAUAUGCUACAUACUGCAUUUCGGGAUUCGUAAAUUACCUCGGAUUGUAUACUGUAUUGACGUAUAUUGAUGUCAGUGCUACCGCAUCUGGUGUUCCCGUGGAAUUUUCCUUCUAUCUGCUUCCAAUCGCAAAUACAGGCUCGUUCUUCGGCCGUGUAUUGGCUGGAAUAUUGUCUGAUCGUUAUGGACCACUCAACACUAUCAUCCCAGCGAACUGCAUCGCUGGAAUCAUGACGUAUAUUUGGCCGCUUACAAGUUCCAAAGGAGGCGCAAUCGGUGUCGCCAUCAUUUACGGCAUGACAUCAGGCAUUUAUGCUUCCUUGAUCGCGCCGCCUAUCGUCGGAAUGGGGGAUCGGUGGAAUGUAGGCACACGGAUCGGAAUGGCGUUCACCCUUGUGGCUCUGGGUGCGCUCUCUGGACCUCCCAUAUCCGGCGCAAUCAAUACCGCGACAAAUGGGUUUAAAUUCGUGGGCAUAUAUGCAGGCAGCGCUAUUCAAGUUGGCGUGGUCUUAUUGCUCAUUACGCGAUACUUUGUCCUGCAAGGGCAAUUCUUCGGGAAGUGUUAA